AUGGCCACCUCGGACCCCGCCUCCGAGGACACCAUCUUCAACCUUCUUAAAAAGGCCGAUCCCAAGGAGCUUGAACGGCGCCAGCAAUUGCUCAAUGAUCAAAGGCACAAGACCUUCCAACUCAGUCAAUUAAGGCUUUCGGAGCUGAUAGAUCAGAACUCUACCCUACCUACCACCGUAUCUUCUGUCACCGUCCUCGGUGCCCCAAACACUCGCCGAUCCUUCCUCAACCGCCUGAUUAAUCCUUUAUUAAGUGCCAAUCGCGAUCGCCCAUACACCCAGUCCGAACUUAUUCGUGAGAUUUCCAGGACGGCGAACAAGCUCAGGAAAUUCGGAAUCUAUCACGAACCCAUCUCAGUCUUCUUCGACAAACCAUCCCAAACGGAUCCCUCCACAACUCCCACAGAUGUGGCCGUAUACUACUCAGUCAAGGAACGGAGCCGGAUAUUUGCAAAGACCGGCACCGAUCUAGGCAACGCUGAAGGAUCUGCGUACGCCAAUGUACAGUGGAGGAAUGUAUUAGGCGGCGCGGAAACUCUCGAUGUCAAUGCAUCAGUAGGCACCCGGACAAGGUCAUCAUAUUCAGCAACACUGGACACACCAGUUCUCAGCGACCCAGACUUCCGUUUUCAGAUCGGAGGUGUGCAAAGUGCAACUCAAAAAUUCUUUGCCAGCCACGAGGAGAUUCUAAAGGGUGGUUGGACCAAACUACGGUGGCUCACAGCAGGUGGUUCUCUCCAUGAGGUGGGAUACAAUGGCUUUUGGCGACAGGUCACUGGUCUUGCACAGAAUGCAUCCCCAACGGUGAAGAGCGAAGCAGGAGAUUCAGUCAAAAGUAGCAUUUCUCAUACGUGGACGAGCGAUCGAAGAGACAACCCUCUGUUACCCACUCGGGGCUACUACGCCAAAACAGCAUCAGAGUUGGCAGGCUGGGGACCUUUGCGUGGGGAUGUCGCAUUUUUCAAAACAGAGGCGGAAACGCAGACUGCCCUGCCCAUCCCCAUCCCGUUCGUCAAAGGCGACAGUGGAAUUAGCUUCACAACAGGUGUUCGUGCCGGUAUAUUAUAUCCUCUCGCACUGGGAUCCAAUGCGGACCCUGAGUUGUCGCGCAUCAACGACCGCUUUCAGCUUGGGGGGCCAACAGAUGUUCGUGGAUUCAGACUGUCCGGGUUAGGACCUCAUGAUGGGCAGGACGCUGUUGGAGGAGAUGUCUAUGCGGCCGGCAGUGCGAAUCUGCUCAUUCCUCUUCCCAGAGUGGGCAAGGACAAGCCACUCCGUUUCCAGGCGUUCGUGAACGGGGGCCGGCUACUUGCCAUCAACAAUUCUCAGAAGGAAGGCGGGCUCUCGAGUGAUGAGGUCAAACAAGGAGUAUCAAACGCAAUAACCGAACUUGGAAAUGGCCUUCCCAGUAUGUCUGCUGGAGUGGGCCUUGUAUAUGCACAUCCGGUGGCAAGAUUUGAGCUCAAUUUCUCUCUGCCGCUUGUGGUACGGAAGCAUGAAGAAGCCAGGAAAGGUGUGUCUUUCGGCAUAGGCAUCAAUUUUCUGUAA